UCUGGGCAAAUUUAAAUGUGCAUAACUAAUAAGUGAUAAAUAUGCUGAAUAUUAAGAUAAGAAACUGCAUACAAAGUCACGAAUAUGUAACUUUUUGCUGAUAAUUGCAGAAGUCACGCAGGUUUAGUCGCAUAUGUGACAAUAAUCGUCAAAAUAUUAACAACAAAUAUGUAACAAAUAAAUUUAUAUAGAAGAAGCUCUUUAAUUUGGAAAAAAUUUAAUUUGAAAAAUUGGUCUUAUUGGAUUCGAGCGAUCAACUGGAUUAAAACGAAUUUUCGUUCUGGCAACAGAGAUGUAUGAACAGAGAUAAGCAUAAGAAGUAUAUAUUGCAAAAAUAAUUUGCAUCUACAUGCUACAUUCCACUGUGCCACUUAAAGAAUCGCAAGUAUAUCGCUGGAGUAAAAAUAAAAAUGGGCGUGAAAUUGUUUUUCCUGUCGAUAAUAUUUAUUGUAAUAUUGUCGGAAGCAGAGCAGCUGUCGUUCUCUGAUAAAAUACAGACUCUGUUCAACUAUCUCUUCCCUAAGAAUCCCGGUAUAAAAAGGAUAAGAAACGCGGAAGAAGCCAGAGGAGUAAAACAGGUGACCACAUUGGAUUUUAUUGGUUUGGUAGAAAGACAUGGCUAUCCUGCCGAGGAACAUUCCGUUACCACGGAAGAUGGAUAUAACUUGAAGAUACACAGAAUACCUAGCAGUCCUUUGUCUAAAAAUCAAAAUAAAACAGUUGUGUUCAUGAUGCACGGUAUUUUGUGCUCGUCCGAUUGCUGGGUAUUGUUGGGUCCUAACAAAGAUCUCUCAUUUUUAUUGGCUGAUGAAGGAUAUGAUGUGUGGGUUGGAAAUUACAGAGGAAAUACUUAUUGCAGAUCAAAUGUCAAAAUGUCUCCACGUGAUGCCAAUUUCUGGCAAUUUAGCUUUCACGAUGUAGGAGUAAAAGAUUUGCCAGUUAUGAUCGACUACGUGCUUAAUUAUACAAAAAGCAAAGAUCUGCAUUUUAUUGGUCAUUCGAUGGGAACUACUUCAGUUUUCGUCUUACUUUCCACGAAACCCGAAUACAAUGCAAAAAUAAAAUUAGGAAUUUGUCUUGCACCGAUUGCCUUUUGGAAAGAAGUGGGUCCUUCAGUCAAAUUUCUUGUUAGUAUAGCGCCACAGGUUAAGGAAUUUCUCGAUAUUCAUGAUAUAAAUGAAUUAUUUUCGUUAUCAUCGACAUCCAUCACGGCAGGAAGAUUAUUGUGUCCAGAUAAUAAUGUAAUUACUCAAGCUUUCUGUGUUACAUUAUUAUUCUCAAUCGCAGGAUCCGAUCCGGCACAACUUAAUACCACAAUAAUAACAGAAAUAUUUUCACAUUUUCCGGCCGGUACUUCGAAGAAAAAUUUAUUGCAUUACCUUCAAAAUGUUAUUACAGGUGAUUUUCAAGAUUUCGAUUACGGAUAUCUGGGUAAUAACAAGCGAUAUAAACAGGCAACACCUAUGAAAUAUAAUUUAAAAAAAGUCACUGCUCCCUUAGCUUUGUUUUAUGGUGCCAACGAUUUAAUCACUAUGAAUAAUCCUCUCCAGUUAUAUAAACAGUUGCCAAAUGCUAUCCUUAUAGAGAAAAAUUCGUACACACUGUUUACUCAUCUUGAUUUUAUAUGGGCCAUCGAUGCAAAAACUCUCCUAUACGAUCGUGUAAUAGAAGUGAUGCAAAAAUUUGAUAUUGAAUCAAACCCAUACCGGUUUUAGAUAGAAGAUAUACUGUGUUCGAAGGUCACAACAAGCAAUCGGUUUUGUAAAUCGCAGACGUAAGUUACGCCGAAUUCGCAAAUCAGCAAUUAAAUUCAAGGACCUCGAAACUCUCGAUUUCACAUCGAUUGAUUAAUAGUUUUUUCGUAAGUAUUUCGUUCCAGUCAAGGUAAUAAUUCAUGCAGACAACAAGCAUGUUUUAAAACCUGUAUCGAAAAGAUCUCUUUAUCAUCUUUUAGAUAUUUUAAAAUAUCUUUAGAUGUCUUCAUGUUCCUUAAUAGAUGUUACUUGAGACGCAUAUUUAUGUGUGAUUUGAAAAUGAAGAUUAUUAAUUAUAAUCCUAUUAUUAAUUAUAAGUAUUAAAUUAUAAUGUGUGUAUGUGAACGAAGAGAUUUAAUUCAUAUUAAAAUAAUUAGUCUAAACAUCUCUUUUUCUACUCAUAAAAAAAUGUUACUAGAAUUAUU